AUGGAUCCCCAAAUUGAGGAACUCCUAGGCCUAGAAGCUGUCCGCACACGAGCCCAUAUCGUUCUCAAACUAGCCGAAGAGGGGCGUUUGAAUCAUUUCAACUACCACCCUGAAUGCAUGGAAGAUGCCACUGCCUAUGUACUUAAACUGAUUCAGCGCGACUUCGGCCCCGACAAUUAUCACUUAAUUCCGCCCCAUGGACGCUGGCAGCAUUUCGAAGUUGGCGGGGUUCCCCGCAUAGCCACUCUCCUAGCUCAAUGGGAUGAGGAGAAAUGCGACGCCACCGAAAAGACACGCAGACUUAUAGAUCUUUUCUUUGUCUCUGUCCUCUUGGAUGCUGGUGCCGGAGACUAUUGGAAAUUUCAUGAGUCACAAAGCGGUCUGACGCUCAAUCGAAGCGAAGGUAUUGCGGUGGCGGCCCUUCACAUGUUCCUCAACGGCGACUUUGCAGGCAAGAAUUCGUCGGUAAAACACACCGCUAAUGGCGACGCAUUGCGCAAUCUUAGUGUAGACAUCUUAUCCCGUGGACUCCAGGUCGACGAUACGAAUCCCAUGAUAGGAGUACCUGCACGUGCAGAUAUUCUUCGUAAACUCGGCGAGUCUUUGGUGAACUUGAAAGAUAUAUUUGGCCCCUCUGGUCGUCCUGGUAAUCUUGUUGUUCCCAAACAUCUAGACUACCUCAUUGCCAAGUCAAAUGAUAGCGGAACACUCGAUUACAGGGAUCUUUGGAACGUGCUACAGCGCCUCCUGGUUCCCAUCUGGCCGUCUGAUCGCACUCACAUUAACGGACAGCCCAUCGGCGAUGCGUGGCCCCUGCGCGCGCUUUCACAGCAGCCUGGAUUGGAGUCAAAGCCCGGCUCCAUCAUCCAACCGUUCCAUAAGCUGACCCAGUGGUUAGGGUACUCAUUAAUGGUGCCAUUCUCUCGUCUGCUCUCCGUCUCGUGGUCCAAUACCGAGCUGGGGACUGGUCUGCCGGAGUACCGUAACGGUGGACUGCUUGUCGAUAUGGGAGUUCUAGAACUGAAGCCCGAGUCACUGCAGCGAGGGUUGAGCCUUUCGGGUGGUAGCUUGCCUUCGUUCGGUGCAGGCGAUGACGAGAUUGUGGAGUGGCGAGCGAUGACCGUUGCACUCCUCGAUGUGCUGCAUAAAACGAUCCUCGCUCGUUUGGAUGGUGUCGAAUUGUCUUUACCUCAGGUGUUGGAGGCGGGCUCUUGGAAAGCGGGUCGUGAGCUUGCAGCGGUUAAACGUCCAGGGACUAAGUGUAGUCCUAUCUUGAACUUCGGUGAUGGAACCUUGUUCUAG